AGUGAAAUGGGAGAUAAACAUCGGGGGGCGUCAAUGGUCAAAAUAGGAUUUCCCAAAUAGAGAAGUUAGUUUCCUUGAGAUUCGGCCACGGUUUCUACUCUGCCAUCACCACCACCACCACCACCACCACCUCCACCUCCACAAUAUAUAUAUCCAACGCAAUUGUUGAGUGUUCCUCAAUUUUCUCUCACCUGAAAACACAAGCAGGAAUUUUUCAAAGGAAAAACCCCAGUCAAGAAAAAACCAAACACAGACGCGGCAAAUUGAGGAAAUCAUUUCUCAUCAAUACAUAUCAUACGUUACGUUGAUAACUCACGUUUUUUCGGCCCAGCUUACGCUCACGUCUGAAUUUCAAUUGGGGUUUGCAUUUUCCUUGGUCAUCACAAGCUUAGGAUGGAUUGGUCUCCAGAUUCUGCUAGAAACGCAUAUCUUGAUACCGUUAAACUGUGCAAUCAACAAGAACAUAAAUGUUCAUGUUCGACAACAGAGCCUGAGAGCAAGGAAUUCAUAUCAGCCUUAGCAGCAGGCAUUAAUGCAAAGCUCAUUGUUGAAGUCACACCUGAGGCAUCCUCAUCAACAAUAGCAUUAGCAGCAGCAGCUAGACAAACUGGAGGCAAGCUUGUGUGCAUUCUUCCAGAACCAAGACUUGACAAAUCGCAGAAAGUAAUAGAUGAUUCAGGUCUAAACGACAUGGUGGAAUUCAAAACAGGCGACCCAGUUGAUGUCUUGCCAAAUUAUGAAAGCAUUGAUUUUUCCCUCGUUGAUUGCAAAACUGACAAUUAUGCGAAUUUUCUUGAGUUGUUGGAUGUGAAUCCCAUGAGAUCAGUGGUAGUGGCAGAUAAUUUGGCGGAGGGGAGAAAAGGGCUGGAGGGGCAUGUGAAAGGAAUGGAAAAUAAAGGGAAAGUGCGGUCAAUGAAGCAUCCGAUCGGGAAAGGCAUGGAGGUUACUAUGAUAGGGAAGAGCAAUGAGGUGACUUGGAAGAGAAAUCAGAGCAAAGGAAGUUAUUCUUCUAGAGCAAGAGGUGGGUCAGGGAAGAAGGGUGGUGGUAAAAGCAAAUGGGUUAUUAAGAUUGAUGAGAAGAGUGGUGAGGAACAUAUUUUUAGAACGACUUGAUUUAUCUAUAGAUCGUUUAUUGAAAUCCUUUUAUGUUCUUCCAAAAGUUAGCAAGGUUGAAAACUGUCAUCUAUCACAACACAAAUGAGAAGAAUCAAUUCAGAAGUAUAUAUAUGCACAAUGUGUCUAUCGCUUUA